AUGGGAGGCGCUGACAGAGCAGGCGGCAAGGCAAAGCCAUUGAAGCAGCCAAAGAAGGAGAAGAAGGAGUUGGAUGAUGAGGACAAGGCGUUCUUGGAGAAGCAGAGAGCCGAUGCCAAAGCCAAGUCCGAGUUGGCCGCCAAAGCAAAGGGCAGCAAAGGGCCCCUUAAUACCGGAUCUCAAGGUAUUAAGAAGAGCGGCAAGAAAUAA